GAAAUCGCCGCCCAAGACGACCACUAGAGUCUUCAGCUUGCCACUGCUUUCAACUUUAGCAGCAUCGCGAUAAUCGUUCUGUGACAUCCGAAACCAACUGUGCGCAUAGCAUAGGUACCAUAAGUUCAUAUCUUCUACUAUAAACCGCCGUCAACAUGUCCACAGCCGCACGUCGUCGCUUGAUGCGCGACUUCAAGCGUAUGCAAACCGACCCUCCCGCUGGAGUUUCUGCUUCACCCAUUCCCGAUAAUGUUAUGACCUGGAACGCCGUCAUUAUUGGCCCUGCCGACACACCGUUUGAGGACGGCACCUUUCGACUCGUCAUGCAAUUUGAAGAACAGUACCCGAAUAAGCCACCACAAGUCAAAUUUAUUAGCCAAAUGUUCCACCCCAACGUAUAUGCGACAGGCGAGCUUUGCUUAGAUAUCCUUCAAAACCGUUGGAGUCCGACAUACGAUGUGGCCGCUGUGCUUACAAGUAUUCAAAGUCUUCUCAACGACCCCAACACAGGAUCUCCGGCAAACGUAGAAGCGUCCAACCUGUAUAAGGAUAACCGAAAAGAAUAUACAAAACGAGUCCGCGAGACAGUCGAGAAGAGCUGGGAAGAUUAAAACAACGAAACUCAAUACCUUUUCACAAGUAACGAACACCACUACAGUCACGCUACUGGUUUGCAGUGGGCGCCAUGGUAGUUUUUGACUGAUAGACCACGGGGAGCUUUGCGCAUACAGAUUUUACUUGUUUAAAGAGUCUUGCUGGCGUUUGGGUAUCAGGUGUUGGUGUUGGUUGAUUUUAGGGAAAUCCUCUUAAAUUCUUCAUCGACCAUGAUUUCAUUUUCAAUUAGUAUUAUUAUAUUUCUUUUUUUCUUCU